UCAGGGAGGGGAAGCCCCUUGCGUUAGCAGUUAGCAUGCGCUAAUGUUGACGGUGGAUGUAUAUAUGUAUCACUAUGGCUCGCGGAGAUUUCUUCGUUCAACCGAACCAGUUUGACCCAGAACCGGACCCAGAAGGAGAAGCUGCUGAAGAAGUACAGACUCUGUGGCUGCAGCAGGACGUUUCAGAAUGAGAAUCCUGAGACCUGAUUUCAGAAACUUCCUCUUCUCUCGUCUCACGUUUCUCCUGUUAACAGCUUCUUAACGACGUCCACUUAGCGUGUCUUAAAUGACCGUCCUGAAACCCCACAGAGACGUUUCCUGCCCUCCCACCUGCCGCCGCCUCAACUUUCAUCAACUGCUCUCCGGCAUCAUAAAGCUUCCUCACAGCCCGGCCUUGUUUAUACGCUGAACCUCGCAGUGUCCAUAUAUGAUACUACUGUGUUCACUCGGUCAUAUCUGGUGGAUUCUCCUGGUUUUUCCCCUCCAGACUCUUCAGCACAGUGUUUUCCGGGGGGGAUUGUGGGGCUGAUAAUGCAAUCAGUGAAACAAUCUAGAGGGACGAGGUUUAUUUAUAAAGGUCAGACAGGGAGGAGAUCUGGAGGGUGACGGGGGGGUCAGAGAUAAUGUUUCAGAUGCUGCUGAGCUCAUUGGUCUGGGAGAAAAUCGACUUCCAUAAAGAGAAAGAUGGGGUUCCCUUCGCCUUUGGGGAAUGCAAUAUAUACCAACUUAUAAUGCCAAAACUGAGCCGCUCCCCAAAUCAGUCGCUCCGUCCUGAUUCAGCCUUCAACUAAAAGGUUUGAAGCCAAAAAAACGCCAAGAUGUCAGAGAAAAAGAUGUCUUCGAGUCGCAAGCAUCAGCUGAAGAGUUUGAUGCUGUCCAUCGCCAAAGGUUUACUGGAGGAGGAAGAAAAGGAGCGGCAGAUGGAGAAGGCGAGGUACAUGGCCGAGACCUGUCCUCCCGUGUCCAUGCCCAGGAGCAUGCAGGAGCUGCAGGAGCUGUGCAGGGAGAUCCACCACAAGAUCGACGUGAUCGACGAGGAGCGAUACAACAUGGAGAUGAAAGUCAAUAAAGCGGACAAGGAGAUCGACGACCUGAAGAUCAAAGUUCAGGACGUGAUGGGCAAGUUCAAGAAGCCGGUCCUGAAGAAAGUACGUAUGUCUGCUGACGCCAUGCUGAAGGCUCUGCUGGGCUCCAAACACACAGUCAACCUGGACCUGAGGGCCAACCUGAAGCAGGUCAAGAAGGAGGUGAAGGAGGAGGAUAAGGAACUGCGUGACGUCGGUGACUGGCGUAAAAACAUCGAAGACAAAGCCGGCAUGGACGGGAGGAAGAAGAUGUUUGAGGCCGAGACUUAAAUCUUAAAUCAGUGUCUUAUCUUAAAACUGCAUAUGCUCUUAACAAA